AAAAGCACAAUGCACACGACGAAGUAGUGAAAACCUGAACUCAAAAUCAGGGUUCCCCCGCCAAGCAAAAUAUGGAUAUGAAGAAGACGGUAACUCUAAAUUGACACUAUCCUCUACAAUUCGCUUAGCACUUCCUACCAUUGCAACCAUUGCUGUUAUCACAAUAGCUUUCAAAGAAAUCAAAUCAUCCAAACGAAUUAUUAGCUUCUCAGGUUUUGAUUCCCGGCUUUUCAUUACCGAUUCCGAGAAACCGAUUUUGAUUCCCGGUUUGCAAAAUCUCGCAAAUAAUUGUUUCCUCAACGUCGUUUUGCAGGCUCUUGCUAGUUGUGUUUGCUUUCAGAGUUUUCUUGACAAUGUUAUUGCUGAAUAUGAGACUGAUGAACAACUCGUUGAAAAUAUGCCUCUUAUAUCUUCUCUGGCUUCAUUAUUACAAGAGCUGAGCUCAGUUAGUACCGAAAAGGUUAUAUUGAGUCCGACAAAGUUGAUGCAUGCUAUGUCCAGCUACAUUCCAGAUUUUGAUCUGACGAGCCAGCAGGAUGCUGCUGAAGCGUUUGUUCACCUAAUGUCCUCUUUGAGAGAAGAAUCUGGAGGUUGUUAUGCUCCAAAGAUAAGUUCUUUAGCAGACAUUUUUGCUUCUAAUAAUAGAAUUCUUACUCCAAUACAGACGGAGUGGCAAAGUGAGCCAGAAAGAUGGCAGCGCCUCUUCCUUGGACCCUUUGAUGGGAUUCUUAAUAGCAGCUUAACUUGUCAAAGCUGUUCGUCCCAGAUCUCAAAUAAAUUUGAAAGUUUUGAUUGUUUGCCUCUUUCACCCGUGCUUAGUAAUAGUUACACUAUAAGAGUUGGUUGUACACUUGUGGAUUGCCUGAAGCAGUUCAUUGUAGCUGAACACAUUGAAAACUACCACUGCAGCCACUGUUGGCAUAAUGCUGCAAUCAAGUAUCUUACCUUGAUGGAAGGAAACAAGGUAGAACUCGGAAAACUUAAGAGAUGUUCUGAUGAAGAAUUCUGUGAGUGCCGAAAAACUUAUAAUCUUGAAAAUCUACCAUGGUUAAAUAGGUUUUCACGUGCUUUGAAGCAGCUAAGUAUUGCUCGAAGUCCAAGGAUUUUAUGCAUCCAGCUGAAAAGAGUUCACAUGAAUAAUUUUGGAGAAUCAUUUAAACUACAGGGCCAUAUUUCUUUUCCAUUGACUUUGGACGUGUCCUCAUUCAUGACAACUAGACCAGGAGUAAAUAUACAGAAAGAAGAUGUACAAAGUCUGCCAUUAAAUCCGCAGUAUAACAGAAUAAACUCUUUGCCAAACCAUAGCAACCUGCAUUCUGAGAUAAGAACGAUCAGAUUCAGUGGCAUUUAUGGAGAAUCGAAAGAGCAGAUCGAUGCAGAUGCUCUUAUUGAUGAUGUAGUUAUCUCCUCUACUAGUAGACAGGCACUUCUUAAUGAAUUUCCCUGUUCUAGCUCUUCAGAAAACACUCACUCAAACACACAGUCGCAAUCCAUUGACACGGUGGAUGCUUCUUGUAAUUCAGAUUCUCAAGAUACAUGUUUGUAUCAACUUGUUUCUGUUGUGGAACAUUUUGGAAGAGCAGGAGGAGGGCAUUACACUGUUUACAGAUGUGUGAGAUCGGAGUCCUCAGAUGUCUCUGGUGAUCAACAUUCAAUGAGCUGGUUUUGUGUUUCAGAUUCUCAAGUGCGUUCUGUUUCAGUGGAAGAUGUUCUUUCUGCCGAGGCUAGCUUGCUUUUCUAUGAGAGAAUACCAAAUAGCUAAAAAAAUUUGAAAUUUCGUCGUUGUUUUAGGAAGUUGGUUAAGGAAAUGCAUUGAAUUUAUUUUUUUGAAACAAAAAAUGUAUUGAUUUAUAUAGUUCCUAGUUAGGGAUUGUACACAAAUGUAAGGAAAUUGUUCAAAUUUUGAUACCUUAAAUUGAAAAGAGAAGGAAAAAGUUAUUUCUGUAGUUAGCCAUUAAAAAAAAAAAUCUCUGCAGUUGAUAUUUGAUCCU